AUGGACGAAAGUAGUCCAUCAAUCGGUAUUUCUGAUGAAAUUAUCUUCGAAAAUGACCCUGGUAAAACACAAAUAAAAAAAAACAAUUCAAAUGUGUCAUCAACAUCAAUCACGAAGCCGACGAUAAAUUAA